GACAAACUCAAGAGAUACGUGGCAAGUAGACCCGGCAUGGCGGCCUUGUGGGAUGGUUAGCUCCUCUCUCCAAACUCAGAAACAAAACACACACUGACCUUUGAUUUGGGGAGGGAAAGAGAGCCAACCUGCACCUUCCUACUCCAAAAUGGAUGAGCUCGCCUCCUGCUACGGAUCUGCCAGGACCCUGGAGGACCCCGACCUACCCAGCAACACUGUGUCAGCUGCCAGGACCCAGGACAUAGAAGUAUGGAAACAAGUGUUCCAGGAACUGAUACAGGAAGUCAAACCAUGGCACAAAUGGACCCUGAGGGACAAGGACAUUCUUCCUGACUCCCCAAAGCCCGGGUGGGUGAAGUGGCAGCAGAAGGCCUUUGCCAGAUUCCAAUGCUCUUCUUGCUCUCGAACUUGGGCCUCUGGCCACAUCCAGGUCCUGUUCUACAUGCGUUGGAAUAAGAAGAGGCACCAAGGGCAGGUGAAGAUGAGGACGUUCGCCCAGAGGUGUAAGAAAUGCCCUUCGUCUCCGUUUGAGGUCCCCGAGUUCACCCUGGAGAAUAUCUCCAGGAUCUUGAACAACCUGGUGCUCCGAAUCCUGCAGAAAUGCUACAAGGAAGGAUUUAAGCCGAUGGAGGAGGUGUCUGUCAUCAAAGACACGGAACUCGAAGGCCCCCAUGACAGCACCAAUUGCGAAGCCUGUCUUCAGGGCUUCUGUGCCCAGAGCUACGGGGGUCUGGCCACACAGCGGCCAUCAUCACCCCACCCCUGCGGGGAGACCGGGGUCCCAGCGUCAUCGCGACUGGUAUCAACAUUCCCCAAGGAGACAAGGUCCUUCCAUCCAGAGUGA